UUCAACAGAAUGACAUUGCAAAAAUUUACAGUUAAUAUUAUAAUCAUUAUUUAUCUUAUCUCAUCGAAAUUGAUGUGUCAUCAUGAUCAUCAUGUAUGGAUAACCAACCGUUUCCAAUAAUUAUCCCCCAGAAUUUCUAUUGUGUAAAGUUGUGUAUCGUAUGCGCAAAAAGAUGAAAAAAUCGUGUUAUCUUUAAUUCGGCUUAAACUACGUAGUACGUUUUCGAAAAAAUGGGCGAGACGUGUGAAAACAGGGGCUGGUGGACCAAAUUUUCAGAAAGCAGACUCGUCCAGUUAGAACAACAUAUUUUGUCAGUUGUUCGAAGCAAGUUCAGGACAUGGUUUGUCCCAAUCGGCCCCACGGUGGGCCAAGACGACAAAAUCUGGACAAUAUUACUUAAUGAAGAUGCAAAAAAGACCCCUUUGGUUAUGCUACAUGGUUUCGCAGCAGCCUUAGGGUUCUGGUGUAAAAAUUUCGAUGAAAUUGCUCAGGACAGGCCUGUUUAUGCCAUUGAUUUACUUGGUUUUGGCAGAUCUUCUCGCCCCAACUUUGCCAAAAAUCAUGAAACAUCAGAACAACAGUGGGUUAAUGCCUUAGAAGAAUGGAGGAAGGAAGUUAAAUUGGAUAAGUUUAUUUUACUGGGGCACAGUUUUGGCGGUUAUUUGGCAACCAGUUAUGCCAUUAACCAUCCGGAUAGGGUGAAACAUCUAAUCUUGGCGGACCCAUGGGGUUUUGGCGAAAAGCCUAAUGAUUUGAAGCCAAAAAUGUGGAUUAGAGUACUAUUGGUUGUUUUAUAUCCUUUAACGUGCCUUAACCCUUUGGCAACUGUACGAGCAGCAGGACCUUUUGGUCCUGCAUUAAUAAAAAAACUAAGAGGGGAUAUCGCAGCCAGAUAUGAAGAUUCGUUUGAAGAUACGAAUGUGAUUACUGAUUACAUUUAUCAAUGUAACUCGCAGCAUCCCAGUGGUGAAAGUGCUUUUCAUUCUUAUCUAAACGGUUUCGCUUGGUCCAAAAGUCCCUUGAUAAACCGUAGCGAUAAAAUCGAUAAAAACUUACCGAUCACAGUAUUAUAUGGUGAACAUUCUUGGGUCGAUAAGAAGCCCGGAAGUUUGUUGCAAGAGAUGAGACAAUCUACUUCAUAUGUCAAUGUCGAUAUAAUCCCAAGCUCUGGACACCACCUUUACUCGGACCAACCAGAAAUUUUCAACAAAUAUGUGGUGGAAACGUGCAGAAUCGCCGACGAAAACCGCGACACUAAAGAAAUGAUGAGUGAAACAGUGAAGCUGUUAAAAGAAAAGUUCGAUCAUGAUAAGAUAAAGGGUUUAAUUCAUGAAAAAAACGCACAAAAAUCCUACGCGGAGCGGAAUGCCUUUAAAGUAUCGGACGACAAAGAGGAAGAAAAUGGAAAGAAUCUGAGAGAAAAAGAUUCCUAGAUUUUAUGCCAGUAUUAGGGUUCUUUUAGAGUGUCUUGCCUUAUAUAACUUCUCUUUGAAGAUACAGUUUUUUUACGACCUCACUGUGAUAAAUAAAGAUUUUUAAAUUA